UCGCGCUGCGAACGCCGCGCGAGUUGUGUGUGUUGUUUGAUUAGUCGAUGCCGAUGCGCGCGUGCGAAAUGUUUACGAUAUUAAUAAUAAAACUUUUCCCAUUUCCAUAUUGAAACUAUUGUGCAAGCGUUAUAAAACUUUGAAACUAGUGUUAUAAUUCGUUGACCAUGGACAAUAAAACGAGCGCCAAAUCGCCGCCGGGGGCUCCCGUGAAAAAAGAGAAUGAAGAAGAAAUCAAGGACUUUGCGGAGACUGCAAUGAACGAGCUAUUAGGCUGGUACGGGUACGAGAGGCUGGAGCUGAGGCGGUGGGCGGCGUCCAGGGCCAGAGACGCGUCCAGUCCCGAACAGGCCAGCGAACAGAAGAACAAAGAUGAGUGUUCGUGGUGCAAUAAGAGUAUUACAAGCGAGGGUGGUGCCCUGCAGCAGGCCGGCGCGACCUUCUGCUCGGAACUGUGCUUCAGUCAGUCCCGCCGCGCCAACUUCAAGCGGGCGAAGACUUGUGAUUGGUGCCGGCAUGUCAGGCAUACUGUUGCUUAUGUGGAUUUUCAGGACGGUGCCACACAGCUGCAAUUUUGCUCAGACAAAUGCCUCAAUCAGUACAAGAUGCACAUAUUUUGCCGAGAGACACAGGCGCACCUCGAUCUCAACCCACACUUGGUUAGCGCCUCGUCCUCGUCCAAUCUCAUCACUCCAGACCUUUGGCUCAAGAACUGCAAGAGCCGGUCCGUCUCACCGGUUUCCGAGAGGUCUGGGUCACCACACCCUGAGAACAUGGCCAUCAAACCCAACCCAGAAAAGACAGAUACACAAAAGACACAAAGGAAAUCUCCACUACCGGUAAUAACCAUAGCUCCCACCGCCAAACUCAUGAAGCAGAAACGUAAUGAAGAAACCGUGACCGUUCAGAAAUCGCCUGAAGCUAAAAAAGACGUUAGAACUAAUAAAAUGAAUUUAAGGAAGCGAAGGACUUCAAAGUGUUCUGCGACAGUUACAUCGCAGGUUGUGAGGCAGCGUACAACCACGCCCAAAGCACAGGAUCUCCGCAUGUGUAGUCCCUCCGAAGGGUCGUCACCAGCUUCGACAAUCACAAACGCUAUACAUUCACCUCCACACCCGGUAAAUCACCCACAACCACCGCCGCCGUACACGAAUCCGAUGUUUGGAAUGCCACCACCAAUGUUCAUGGAAAAUCACCACGAGCCACGCCAUCCAAAUAUGUUCCCACCGAGGCUUAAUUUCAUGCCGAGGCCAGGGAUGCCAAUGCACCAGGAGCGACCGCGACUGCCCCCGCCAAUGAAUUUCCCGCAGCCUUUAGGACAAGCGCCACCGGUCACAGUUCUAGUACCAUAUCCCGUGGUACUCCCGAUACCACUGCCAAUACCGAUUCCCAUACCAUUUACAUCGUUCCUCCAAGCACAUUAUGCAAGCAAAGUAAAGACAGAACCCAGGCCCGAAGACACUGAAGGGCCUUUAGAUUUUACUAUGAAUAAUGACAGAAAAAGAAACGAAGAGUCUAAUGUUAGUAAUGAAUUAAAUACUGACCCUGUAGAGAAUAACGCAAGCAGCGAAGCAAAUAAUGAGUUUAAUGAGAGGAUAGAAGAUGAAGACAAAAAUGAAUGUGAAGGAAACGAAACUGGAAACCCAGAACAGACACUACCAAAAUUUAAAAUAACAAGACUGGGUAACAAAAUGGCGAAGAUUGUUGCAAAGACAAGGGAAACGAAUGAUUCAGCUAGGCCGUUACGGAAAAGACGGCGACUAGUUGAAGUUGUACCGGACGACGAAGCCCUCAUUCCGAAAACAAGAAAAAUAGUCCAAGUGUAACCAGUAUAUUAAUCUCCAUUUACCAUUAUAUAACUCAUCUAUACAUAUCACAACGCAUGAUAAUCCGAACAGAGUUCAACAUUGUUUCACUAGUCUUAGUUUUAAGAUACGUUUAACUUUUCAUCGUAGAUUUAAUGUAGGGCGCACUGUAAAUGUGAUAUUAGUAACUUAUUGCAAAUCUUCUACGUGAUUAAAUUUAAAAAUAUACGUAUCUCUAAGUA